GAAAAAAGAACAAGAAAAGAAGUCUAUGACUCUUAAAGAAGACAGGAGUAUAUUCAAUGCAAUCAGAUCUCAUGAAACCCCCGUACCGGGGGCACGUGGAAGGUGAGCAUAUCUGAUUCUGAUUGCAUUUGCAAAUAGCAUCCAAGUGCUAGUUGAAAUCAGCUGCAAGUCUUCAACCUUCCCUCUCUCUCUCUCUCUCUCUCUCUCUCUCUCUGAGAUUCCAAAGAAGGAAAAAAACUCGCCAAAAAGAAAAGAAAAAAGGGCAGAACCCAACCCAGACUCAAUGUCACACAAAGCCCUGGAUUCGCGGCACUCCAUAGAAUCGUGUACACUUCAGCUCCACACUUGGAGACCCUUCCAGCGCCAACCCAAAACCCUAGACCCCUCUGACUCAAAGCCCUACCACUACCACUCCUCCACCAAUGGGAUCCACACCAAGCGCCCCUGCCUCUCCGACCGUGCAACCUCGUUUUCCCUCGCCGACGCUGCCGCCAUCGACAUGUCCAAGCUCACCCUCAUCGACGACGACCGGCCCAGACACUACCACCGGGGCAGCUUCAGUUUGAUCGUCAGGAAACGGCGUCGCCGCGGGUCGAGAUCGGUGUCCGGUCGGAGCAGCGACCGGAGCUGUACUCGCCGGUGCUGCUCGGUGGGAGCGUCGGCGGCGUACGGGACGUGCUCGGAUCUUCCGGUGACGGACUCGAGCGGAGAGCUGUUCGUGAAUGGGGACGCGAAUUGGGCUUCGGAUGUGAGCGAGGCGAGGAAUUCGAGGAGGGAGAGGGAUGGAGGAGGAGGAGGGAGCGGAGAGAAGGACGGUUCGGGAAAUGGGUUUGGGCCAAUUGGGGGUUUUGAUGCUCAGGGGAACGAGUCCGGUUACGGGAGCGAACCCGGGUACCGCGGGGACGCUGAGUUCGGAUAUGGGGAUGAGCUUGACGAGGAGGAGGAUGAUGCUAGAUUGUUGUUUUGGGGCGAGCAAUUUGGAGAGACGGAUUCUAAAACGGAGAUGGUCGGUGAGAACACAUUCUCAGAUCAAAAAACCCAUUACAGAUGCAGGCGCAAGAAACAUGAUUGCAGAAUGGUGGAUUCACUGAGGUAACAAAAUAUGUCGGUAUACAACGAAUUCCUUUUUUUUUCAGCCAGUUCUUGGCUUCCCGUAAGGAAGGUUUGUUAAUUGUUGGGUUCUGGAUUGCCCAACCGGUACUUCAAAAAGGGAUUAUAAUAUCUUCAUCCUACUUUACUGCCUAUCAUCCUGACAAUGUCAGCAGUUGGAUCCAAAUGUUGUAUAACAUGCAGCACUCUGUCGGUCAUGCUUAAGGGAUUUAAGGAUGUGGAUUAGGUUCUUGUGCUUUAUAAUAGCAUAUAAUGCUGUAACAAAUACAAGCAAAACUCUGUUUUUAUUCAUGUACUUAUUUUGUAAUUGAGUUCCUGCCAGAAGCUGUUGUAUCAAUAUUUAUCAUUUUUUAACUAA